UAAUGAUUUAUCGUCGUUCCAUUUUUCCUGUUCUUCGCCUCCUCCACCCACCCUUCUCCGGCGACGCCAUGGCGGCGCGUCUAAUCACGCACGCCAUGCCCGCCACUUUCGCCAUUUCAUCUCAUCCCUCUUCUUUGCAGUCGAGUCUCGCUCCUUCUUUGACUCGAUUAUAUGUUUCGUCUUCGUUCUUGGAUUCCACGGUAUUUGGUCGGAGGUUCAGUGCCUUCCGAUUCGAGGAUCGAAGGGCUUCGAGAGGGCUUGUGAGGGUUUUUGCGUCGCAGAGAGGGUACCGGAAGGUUCGGCAACGGACGGCGAAGAGUAAAGAGAAGGAAUUGGAACUCGAUGUCAAGAUUUGUAUCGAAGAGCAAUUGCCUGACGAUCCUGAAAUUCUGGAUAUUGCAGAAAUGCUCCGUCUAAAUGUUCCAAUGGCAAUGAAGUUUGCAUUUCAAAAUCUGCAAGAUUCAGUAUAUAAAACAAGAGAUAAUGCUAUAGAUGAUGUUAGUGGAUUUGAAAAUGUCGAGUUAUCAAUACUUCUUUGCAAUGAUGAUUUCAUCUGCAAACUUAAUAAAGACUGGAGGGAUGAGGACCAUGCUACUGAUGUGCUCUCCAUGUCCCAACAUAUUCCUGGACUGAAGCUUCCAAUUCUCAUGUUGGGUGACAUUGUAAUUUCAGUUGAGACAGCUGCAAGACAAGCACAGGAAAGGGGGCACACUCUUCUUGACGAGAUCCGUAUACUGUUGGUUCAUGGGCUGUUGCAUCUUAUAGGAUUUGAUCAUGAGUUUAAUGAUGAGGCUGAAUUAGAAAUGGAGGAGGCGGAGGAACUUCUUUUGAGGACUCUUGGUUGGAAGGGGAAAGGAUUAAUUCGGAGUGCAUAUGAUGCUGAAGCUGAUGGAAUUCCUCAAAUUCAGAUGGAUAAUUCAGAUGACAGGAAGAAAGAAGGCAGUCUUCGAUUUUACAGACCAAAAUUCAGCCACAUCUUCUGUGAUAUGGAUGGCACACUACUGAACAGCAAAAGUCAAAUUACCUCAACAACUGCAAAAGCUUUACGAGAGGCCUCGUCAAGGGGUGUAAAAGUGGUGAUAGCCACUGGGAAAACUCGUCCGGCAGUCAUAAGUGCUUUGAAGAUGGUAGAUUUAGCAGGGAUUGAUGGCAUUAUUUCAGAGUUUUCCCCAGGGGUUUUCUUACAGGGGUUGCUUGUUUAUGGUAGACAAGGUAGGGAAAUUUUCAGAAGGAAUUUAGAUCGAGAUGUCUGCAGGGAGGCAUUUCUCUACUCUUUGGAGCAUAAAGUUCCACUUAUCGCGUUCAGUGAGGAUCGGUGCUUAACAUUAUUUGAUCACCCUCUUGCAGACUUGCUUCAUACUGUAUAUUACGAGCCAAAGGCAGAGAUCAUUCCUUCAGUCGAGCUCCUCUUGGCUGGUGUUGACAUCCAGAAGCUGAUCUUCUUAGACACUGCUGAGGGAGUGGCUACUACUCUGCGGCCAUACUGGUCAGGAGCAACAAGAGAUCGUGCCACAGUCGUCCAGGCUGUUCCAGACAUGCUUGAAAUUGUCCCCCCUGGAACAUCAAAAGGGAAUGGAGUAAGGAUACUUCUUGAUCAUUUGGGUGUUACUGCAAAGGAGAUAAUGGCUGUUGGCGAUGGGGAAAAUGAUGUUGAGAUGCUCGAGUUGGCUUCUCUAGGCAUUGCUCUCAGUAAUGGAUCAGAGAAGGCAAAAGCUGUGGCUAACGUGAUUGGUGCCAGCAACGACGAAGAUGGAGUAGCUGACGCCAUCUACCGGUAUGCAUUCUGAGCUUCAGGCUUCAGCAUUAAAAUUAGGAUGGACUUGAUGUUACUUGUUAUUUACAAUGUAGGACACAAUACACACUCAUUAUUGUUUGUGAAUUUAUUUUUCUUUCUUGAUUAUUUAUUUUAUUCAAAAGAAUGUUUCUUAUUAGCAUGGUAGUGUAGAAAAGAGAAGCUUGUCACCUCUUUCGCAAGAAAGAAGAGAAUUUGUACGAAUUCUUAGUAAGUCCACAAUUCUUCAAUUAUUGUCGACUUCAUCUAA